AUGUCCUCUACGAUGAAUGACGAUGAUUUUAAUCGAAAAAACAAAUUUUCUGGUUAUGAUCGUCUUAGUUAUGAAUAUUCUCCUAUGAAUAUGUCACCAUGGAACCAAAGUUGUAAUUUAAAUGCUACAAAUUUGUGUGAUAAUGACGAUGACGACGAUGACGAUGUUUCGAAAAAUAACCACAAAAUUUGUCUAAUUGGUUCACUUGUUCGUGAAGAAGGACAUAUUUAUUCUUUGGCUACAAAAAAUGAUCUUCUUUAUACAGGUUCUGAUAGCAAAAAUAUACGUGUGUGGAAGGAUAUGAAGGAAUUUUCAGCUUUUAAAUCAAAUAGUGGUCUUGUUAAAGCCAUUAUUAUUUCUGGAGACAAGAUUUUCACCGGUCAUCAAGAUGGAAAAGUUCGUGUUUGGAAGGUACAACCUAACAAUCCUAGUAGUUUCAAGCCUGCUGGAACUCUACCAACAUUCUUUGACAUUUUCAAGGCUUCAAUUAGGCCAAGCAAUUAUUUCAUGUCAGCAAAACACAACAAAGCUUCUAUUUGGAUUAAACAUUGGGAUGCAAUUUCUUGUUUAAGCAUGGACCAUAACCAUGGCCUAUUAUACUCUGCUUCAUGGGACAGAACAUUCAAAGUAUGGAGAGCUGACAGUUCAAAAUGUCUUGAAUCUGUUAAAGCACACGACGAUGCUGUUAAUUCAGUAGUAGCUAGUGCUGAUGGUGUCGUGUACACGGGUUCAGCUGAUGGUACUGUCAAAAUAUGGCAAAGGGAAUUUACACCAAAAACAAUAAGACAUGUUUUGGUUCAAACACUUUUGAAUCAAGAAUGUGCUGUUACUGCUUUAGCAGUUAACAAGUCUGGUUCUGUUGUGUAUUGUGGAUCAUCAGAUGGUGUUGUGAAUUUUUGGGAAAAAGAUAAGAAAAUUUGGACACAUGGGGGUGUACUAAAAGGUCAUAAAUUGGCUGUGUUAUGUCUUGAAUCAGCAGGGAAUCUUGUUUUUAGUGGAUCAGCUGACAAGAACAUUUGUGUUUGGAGGAAAGAAGGUUGUGUUUAUAUAUGUUUGUCUAUGUUGACAGGACAUAAUGGACCAGUGAAAUGUUUGGCUGUUGAAGAGGAUAAAGAAUCAACAAGAAGUGAUAAAAAAUGGGUGCUUUAUAGUGGGAGUCUUGAUAAAUCUGUGAAAGUUUGGAGUGUUUCAGAAAUGGCACCAAUUAUGAAGAAUGGGGAUGUUCAAUAGGGGUUCUAUUUGUUAAAAAAAAAGUGUUUGAUGUGUGUUCUGUUUUUA